GGGGCCUUCACAGUCCAAGGGUUACCACCUAGACCCCACCCCCUGGGUAGACCUCUCUCCCUCUGGCUGUAAUUCCACAGUUAGAACUUCAUACCUUUGGCUUACAGCUACAUUUUCUGUUACCAUGUGGAUGCCCCAGGUGGAGGGGCCCACUCCUGCCUAAGAACACCAUGCAUGCAGGAACACUGCAGGGAGCCCAACAGUCAGCUGUCGGAGAGAAGGGGGCAGUGGCAUUGACAGACGUCUAGAAAGGCAUGGCUCUGAGUCAGAGGGCUAGUCUGGUCCUCUGUGAAGACCCAAAGAAGACACCCAGCUUCAACUCCACUGGGGCCCCCGGUUUAGGCUCUGGCACCAUCCCCGGGCCAAACUCAGACACAGACCUCGUUCCUGCCUUGAAUCCACCCCCGAGUCCUGGCUUGGCUCUUGUUCCAGACCUUCAUCCAAUCCUGAGUCCUGUCUCCGAGGAGGCCCCUGGCCUCGUGUCUGAGAACACCCCCAGACCUGAUGAGAGCGGGGCCGUGGCUCCAGCCGCCCUCCAGACCACCACUUCCCCCUCCGGUGAGGCCCUGGGCCUGGAGCUGAAUCACAUCUCGAGGCCUGACUCACAGGAGGCCCUACUACGUCCAGCCUCGCAGCUCGUUCUGAGCCCUGACUCUGCCGAGGCCCAGGGUCCGAGCUCGGACAACCACUCUGGGCUGAAUCCUGAGGAGGCCCUCCAGCCCCACUCAAGCAAGUCUUUUGAGUUGGGUCAGAAUAACUCCAAUCCUUCCAGGUCUGAAUCAGACCCAUUUUUAAGGACCUUUUCAAGGGAAGCCCUCGUGCUGGGCCACUGCCUCUCCCGGCCAUGCUCCAAAGCGCUCCUUAUCCCAGCCUCAGGCUCCUUGGAGUCCCACUCCAAUCACCGGCUCAGCGUGGGCUCCAGAACUGUCUCCAAGCUGGACCUGAAAGGGGCUCCCGGUUCCUGUGGGAACCUAAGCCCCAGCACCAACGAGACCAUCGCUUUGGUCUCUCAGGACAUCGCUGGGUCUGUUUCAAAAGGAGCCUUUGGUGCCGCCUGGAGCACGAGUUCCAAGGCAAACAUCAACGUGGCUUUAAAUAGCAAUUCCAGGUCUGAUUUGAACAUGACCGUCACCCAGGCCUCCUGCUUGACCCUGAUUCCUGGCUUCCAGGAUGAUACCAGCCUGCACUCCAGCACCCUCAGACCCAACUCGGCCCUUUCUCCAGCCUCGUGCAUGACCCUGAUCAUGGGCUCCAAGGAGACCCUGAGCCUGAGCUCGAGCCUCAUCUUUAGCGACACGUCCACCCUGACCCUGAGCAGCCAGCAGGAUGAUUCCGAGGACAACACCAUCCACACCGUGCCCCUGGAGGAAAGCCAGAGCUGGAGCGAGAUGGCCAACGCCGAGAUGAGCCGGUUCCCGCUGGUGUUCCCCACCUGCAACACCGCAGACAAGGGCACUGCAGCCUUCCACAGCGCCUCUGAGCGAGCCUUCCAUGAAGAGACCUCAUGCCUGGUGAACGUACCAGGGAAGAGAGAGGAUGGCAACAAAACGACUCUGGUUGAGAAUGCUGUCGCCCUCCAGAAGAGCCAGGAUGUGCCGGAAGGUGAAGGAGAGAAGAAGACCAUGAUGAAGAAGAUGAUGAGGCAGAUCCAGGAGGAGCCGCUGGAUUCCCUCUCCAGCUCCAUCCGCCAGCAGGCCAUGGAGACCCUGACGCAGCUGAGCCACACCCAGCCGGCCCUGGGUGUCCGGGAGCGGUCCGAGCUGGUGAACACGUGCGUGCGGAGUGUGUUCUCGCUGCCCUCGGUGCAGGCCAUGCAGGAGAAGGAUGAGGCCAAGGCUGAGAGCAUCCAGAUACUCUACCGCCAGACCGUGGAUGCCCUGCAGACACUGCUCAACGCUCUCUUUGUUGAGGACCCCACUCCUGCUGGGCUGAAGAGCAUUUUGGAGCCCCUGGGGCCCUGGAUGAACUCCGGAAAGGCCCAUGAACGAGCACGCGCUGUGAACAGCAAUGUCUCUUUGUUGAACCAUACGCUUCUCACCCUGCCUUUCUUUAUGUCUUCGGGAUUCCCUGCGCUGGGGCUUCUGCUGGGGAGACUCAUCCUUCGCAUCGGGGAUCCUGAGGAGGACAUUGGCCGGGAGGCUUUGGAUGGCAUCGCCAUCCUCUACACCAUCCUGGAGCUCCAGAAACGGACCAGAGAUAAGAGGGAGACCAACAAGAAGGAACUGUAUGAGAGCAACAAGCGGUUCCUGGGGCCCUACAACCCUGCCAGCCCGUGCCAGAACAUUCUGCGUGUCAUCGCGGAGUUCGGAGACUUCCUGGGGCCCCAGCAGGUCAAGGACCUGCUGCUAGCCGCCCUGGAAGGGCUGACCGGCGGCUCGGAGGCGGAGGCCCGGGGCAGAGACUCGGGGGAGAUGAUGCAGCUGGCCUCGGAGGUGACGCUCAGCUCAGUGCUGGAGUGGUACCGGCACAGGGCGCUGGAGGUGAUCCCAGAAAUCAUGCAGGCCAUCUACAUGCAGCUGAGCCACAUCCAGGAGCCCCGGGCCCGCGAGGUGGCCCUGCUGCCCAUCUCUCUCCUGGCCAGCUCGUUCAUGACCGAGGUCGUCGUGGCCCUGCUCAUGUGCCCCCUCCCACUGGACAGCAAUGGAGCAGAGAUGUGGAGGCAGCUGAUACUGGGCAAGCCCAGCUGUGAUGUCCGAGAACUCCUGGACCUGCUCCUGACCAGCCUGAAGGAGAGGCCUGUCACCAAGAAGGGCAGGGCCUCCAUCGUGCCCCUAGCGGCAGCCAGCGGCCUGUGCGAGCUCCUGUCGGUGAGCAGCUGCCUGGGCCGCGUGAGGCGCAUCUACCCCCAGCUGCUCCUGGCCCUGCUCAUUCAGGUCCAUUACCACAUCGGCCUCAACCUGCCUCGCCGCCCGCCUUCCCAGCCUGCCCGCAGGGACGCCAAGAAGAACGCACAGCCCUCCGUCUUCGAACCCGUGCGCUGGGUGGUCAAAGUGGUGAAAACCCUGCUGCUGAAGAUGGGCUGCUCAUACGAGGCCACCUUUCUGGAUGACCAGGGCGGCUGGGAGCUCCUGGGGCAGGCGGAGAACCACCACCGCGGCGUGUCCCUGCUGGCCAGGGCCAUGGUGCAGUACUCCUGCCAGGAGCGGUGCCGCAUCCUCUACCUGCUCAUCCCGCUUCUGGAGCGAGGCGAUGAGAAGCACAAGAUCACGGCCACUGCCUUCUUCGUGGAGCUCUUCCAGAUGGAGCAGGUGCGGCGCAUCCCCGAGGAGUACUCUUUGGGGCGGAUGGCGGAAGGCCUGAACCACCACAACCCCAUCAUGAAGGUGCUGUCCAUCCGAGGCCUGGUCAUCCUGGCCCGCAAGACUGAGAAGACCGCCAAGGUGCAGGCCCUCCUGCCCUCCAUGGUGAAGGGCCUGAAGAGCGUGGACGGGCUGCUGGUGAUGGAGGCGGGCCACAACCUCAAGACCAUCUUCAAGGGGCAGGACCGGAAGCUGAAUGACAGCUCGGUCUACGUGGAGUUGCUGCAGAUCCUGCUGCCACACUUCAGUGACUCACGCGAGGACGUGCGCUCCUCCUGCAUCAACCUGUACGGCAAGGUGGUCCAGAAGCUGCGGUCACCCUGCACGCCUGCCAUGGAGGAGCAGCUGGUCAGCACCCUGGUGCCCCUGCUGCUGACCAUGCAAGAGGGCAACACCAAGGUGGGCCAGUUAUGCGUGAAGACCCUGUUCCGCUGCUCUUGCUUCAUGGCUUGGGAAUUGCCAAAAAGAGCUUACAGCCGGAAGCCCUGGGACAGCCAGCAGCAGGCGGUGACCAAAAUUUGCAGCUACCUUGUGAACACCCACCGAGACAGUGCCUCCACAUUCCUCAGCCAGAGCCUGGAGUACUCCAAGAACCCCCGCGCCUCCCUCCGGAAGUCCUCGGUCCUGUUCAUAGGGUCCCUGGUCCCCUUCAUGGAUAGCACAAUGACGGAAGAGCGUCUGAAUGAAGUUAAAGCCGCUCUGGAAAACUUGAGACAUGACCCGGAAGCAUCGGUGUGCAUCUGUGCGGCCCAAGCCCAGGACAACAUCCAGGCCAGCUGCUGGCGGACCUCCUGGCCUCUGCCACAUGGGGACCUGUGGGUGUGUGACCCGGCCGCCACGCACCGCUGGAGCUCCAGCUGCGAGAACCUGCCCACGUCCCACCAGCCACGCUCCUGGAUCAUGCAGGCCCUGGGCUCCUGGACGAUGUCCUUGAAGCAGUGAUGUCCCUGAGCCCCAGCCCUCUGCAGGGGAGGCCCUGGCCCCAGCCAUGCUCACUAUAAAUGCCACGUGGCUCACCUCUC